AUGACUAUGGUUGACAUCUCCUUGGAGCGUAAAGCCACAGAUAUCAAUAUUCCUUUCACGACGCUAUCACUUCCGGAAACUGUCCAAGUUACCAACGGAGGUACUGGUCCGUUCAAAGGAUCACUGCUGUUUGCGACUCGUGGUCGCCAGAACCUUCCUCCUGCAUUAGUUUUGGUCAACCCAACGGCCCCUAACAAUGCAACUGUGCUUCUCGACAACUUUUUUGGCCGUCAAUUCAACUCAAUGAAUGACCUCAAAAUUCAUCCCAGCGGCAACAUCUUUUUUACGGACGACACUUUUGGGUUUGUGAACGAUCAGAGACCUCCACCUUCGCUACCCAGUCAAAGCUAUAUGUUCGAUCCGGAAACAGGUCUCGUCAGAAUGGUGUCAGAUGGAGCCAUCACUCCAAACGGAAUAGCAUUCAAUGCGGACGGUAGUGUCGCGUAUAUAGCCGACUCGUCAGCGCUGAUCAACAACACUCUUUCUGCCACAAUAUACGCUUAUGAUGUCGACGCGAAGACCUUUGCAUUCAAUAAUCGCAGAGUUUUUGCCUUUAUUGAUACGGGAAUACCUGAUGGAAUACAGGUCGAUACCAAUGGAAACGUUUACGCUGGUUGCGGUGACGGAGUCCAGAUCUUUAGAGAGGAUGGUGUAUUGCUAGGAAAGAUAUUUGUAGGAGCGAAUGUAGCGAAUAUGGCGUUCGCAGGUGACGGAAGACUUGUCAUCCUAGCUGGAAGCUCUAUUUUCCUUGCACAAAUUGAGGCAAAAAGUGCGCUGUUUACAAUCUAG